AUUACAUCCUCGCGUGUUGGAAAACGGGAGGUUGACUUUGAAUAUAAACUCCCGUGUUCAAAACGCGAGUUUAUAGCAACAGCAACGACGUCGUCCUGGUACGGAUUAGAUCACCCUAUCACAGACAGCCGUUAAAACACUUCAAUCUCUCACCAGAAUCCAACACGCUCUCUACCCACCGAAAAUGGCGGUCACAGCUAAAACCCCACAAAACCCUAGUAGACACCCACACCUUCCCAAUAUCCUCCCCUCGAAAACCCACAAACUCAAAAGCUUAAAAAAAUUCCCCCACCUCCUCAAAACCCACCAAUUCUCUUUACGCAAACCCCACGAAGCCGUCGUCCUCAGCACCGCCAGCACCAUCGACACCAGAGACCCCAACUCACUCAUACGCCACCUAUGCCUCCACGGCCAGCUCAGACAAGCCCUAAAACACCUGGAAUCCGUACAAGAGCUUCGAAUUCCCGUCGAGGAAGAAACUUACAUCGCCCUCGUAAGUCACUGCGAGUGGCAGCGGGAGGGAGAGUUGGGGUUCCGAGUGUACACUUGUGUGCUGAGUGAGCAUGCCUGGUUCGGUAUCCGGCUCGGGAACGCCUUGUUGCGCAUGUUUGUGAAGGUGAGGAACUUGGUUGACGCGUGGUUUGUGUUUGGAAAGAUGGAGGAGAGGAAUGUGUUCUCCUGGAAUGUUCUUGUGGGUGGGUACGCAAAAGGCGGGUACUUUGACGAGGCUUUGAAUUUGUAUCAUAGGAUGUUGUGGGCCGGGGUUAAGCCCGACGUGUAUACGUUUCCCUGCAUUCUGAGGACUUGUGGAGGUGUUCCGGAUUUGGGGAGGGGGAGAGAGGUUCAUGUUCACGUGAUUAGACAUGGGUUUGGGUGUGAGGUUGAUGUGGUUAACGCUUUGAUUACUAUGUAUGUGAAAUGUGGAGAUGUGGGGAGUGCGCGGUUGGUAUUCGAUGGAAUGACCAAGAGGGACAGGAUUUCGUGGAACGCUAUGAUUUCGGGGUACUUUGAGAAUGGCAUGUGUAGGGAAGGGCUGGAGUUGUUCUUUACAAUGCGUGAGGUUUCUGUUGUUCCGGAUCUGAUGACCAUGACUAGUGUGAUCUCUGCGUGCGAGCUUCUUGGUGACGGGAGAUUAGGGAGGGUAGUUCACGGUUAUGUAGCAAGAACAGAGUUCGGGGUUGAUGUUUCGGUGGGUAAUUCCUUAAUCAAGUUGUAUUCGAGUGUUGGAUAUUUGGAGGAAGCAGAAAUGGUUUUUUCUCGAAUGGAGUAUAAAGAUGUGGUAUCAUGGACGGCCAUGAUUUCAGGUUAUGAGGAGAAUGGAUUGCCUAAAAAAGCUGUGGAGACUUACAUUAGGAUGGAACUGGAAGGUGUCAAGCCGGAUGAGGUUGCCAUAGUCAGUGUUCUAUCAGCCUGUGCUUCGUUAGGUUUUCUUGACAUGGGUAUUAAGUUGCACGAGCUUGCCAAGAGGACAGGACUAGUGUCGUAUAUUAUCGUUGCAAAUGCUCUCAUUGAUUUGUAUUCCAAGUGUAAAUGCAUAGAUAAGGCAUUAGAAGUCUUCCUACGGAUUCCUCGUAAGGAUGUGAUAUCUUGGACGUCCAUCAUUAUUGGGCUCCGGAUCAACAAUCGGAGUCUUGAGGCUUUGGCUUUCUUUAGGCAAAUGAAACUCAGUCUCAACCCCAAUUAUGUAACCUUGGUCUCUGCCCUCUCUGCAUGUGGUAGGAUAGGAGCUUUGAUGUGUGGAAAAGAGAUCCAUGCCCAUUCCCUGAGAAUUGGAUCAGGGGUUGAUGGGAUCUUACCUAAUGCUAUCCUAGACAUGUAUGUAAGGUGUGGAAGUAUGGGACCUGCGUCGAACCUAUUUAACACGCACGAAAAAGACAUAUUCUCGUGGAAUAUUCUUCUUAUGGGCUAUGCCCAACAGGGACAAGGUCUACUUGCAGCUGAGCUAUUCGAUAAAAUGACUAAGUCAGGGGUUGAACCGGAGGAGAUAACGUUCAUUAACCUUUUACGUGCAUGUAGUAGGUCUGGUAUGGUAACCGAAGGGUUGGAGUACUUUUACCGCAUGAAACAUAAGUACUGCAUUGUCCCAAAUUUGAAGCAUUAUGCUUGUGUGGUGGAUUUACUUGGUCGUGCGGGACAGCUGAAUGAUGCUUAUGAAUUUAUUCAGCAAAUGCCUACGGACCCAGAUCUGGCUAUUUGGGGAGCUUUAUUAAAUUCAUGUAGGAUUCACCGGCAGUCGGAACUUGGGGAAAUUGCUGCUCAGCAUAUAUUAGAAAUGGAUGAAUUAAGUGUUGGUUACUAUACUCUCUUGUGUAACUUCUAUGGUGGUGAUGGUAGAUGGGAUGAAGUUGCGAGAUUUAGAAAGAUGAUGAGAGAUAAAGGGCUAACUGUUGAUCCUGCUUGCAGUUGGGUGGAAAUCAAGGGAACGGUCCAUGCUUUCCUUAGUGGCGAUGAUUCCCACCCUCAGAUACAGAAAAUAAAUGUAGUUUUAGAGGGAUUUUAUGAAAAAAUGAAGGAAACUGGUGGUGUUGGAACAAAAAGCAGUUCUAGAAAUGGGGUUGAAGAUUCAAAAGCUGAGGUUUUUUGUGGACACAGUGAGAGAAAGGCGAUUGUGUUUGGGCUCAUAAAUACGGUUCCUGGGAUGCCCAUUUCGGUUACGAAAAAUCUAUACAUGUGUGAGAGCUGUCAUAAUACAGUCAAAUUUAUCUCUAAGGUAGUCCGAAGAGAGAUUUCUGUUAGGGACACUGGAAAUUUCCAUAAUUUCAAGGAUGGAGUCUGCUCUUGUGGAGAUGAAGGUUACUGGGGAAAGACUUGAAUGAUGAAACGGAACAAAAGCUGCUUUUAACUUAUCAUGCAUACUGAUUCUCAAGAAAAACAAUCCAUGGUUGUGGGCAGAGUGUUCUUAUAACCCCUCGGCUCAAUCUUAACCAACACGAAACAGGAGAGCUGCUUUUCCAUUUUCUUACUUUGGCGCCCACUGAUUGGCAAAAUAUGAUUGGAAUCUUGCGGCAUAGUGCUAUUUGAAACUUAGCCAGCUGGAAACUCUGCUCCAUGAGAUUGAGCUAGUGAAGACGUAACAACAGAAGCAGGAGAGGGUUUAACUUUUAAGUGGAACAAUGGCACGAUAAAGGACAGCCAUUUGUGAAGUUUGGGUUCAGUCACGUGGUUUUCCGUUCAUGUAUGCAUCUAGAAAGAUUGCAUUCUUGGACUUCCCGACGUGGGAGGAAUUGAACAAAACUGUAAUCAACUGGGGAAACAAAACUGUAAUCAGCUGGGGCUAGCUCAGUUAAUCAAAAUCUUGUUCUGCUAUGGGAGUUCAUGCGUUCAAGUCUUGCCAUGGGUAAGAUUUUCUAUCCCAAAUCUACAGCGUCCUAAUGUACCAAUAAAACCCGGAACAAUGUAACUACUAGCUAGAUAUGCUAUUCUGAUGUGCCACACUGCCUCUGUCUUUCAUAAAAUUUUGUAAACUUCUGGCCGGAAAAUUUAGUGUUGAAAUUAGCUUGUAUGGGCAAACUGGUGCAAACUCAGUGUUUAUAAGAUCAGUUUUGUACUUUGAACAAA